CUGCUUCUUUUAUGCUGUUUCUGCUGUUUCACAACAGUCCUCAACACAAUUUUAUCCUUUUGAUUUACCGUGUAUUUCCGCUUGUGAGACCACCCAAAGGCAGUAUUGGCAUUUGCAACGUUUACAUGUUGAACGUUUAUUAACAACAGCAACUAUGUCCACAACAAAGUCAAAGGCGAUGUCUGCAACAACAACAACAACUACUACCACCACUUCACUUCAACCGCAGCUGUUGCAUGAUAAUGAAACUUUGAAUACAUUGACACUUAAAUGGCCCAUAACUACAGCAACGACAUCACUUUUGCCGGCACUAUAUAUGGCCAGCAGACCAUUUAAUAUACAAUACCAAUAUGUGUUAAGUGCUAAAACAACAACAAUAACAUCAAGGCCAGCGGCAGCCUCGGUAACAGCAUCAUCAACAUCAUCAUCACCGGCUUUAGCUGUUAAUGACACCCCAGACAUCAAUAGUAGCGAAGGAGUAGGCAGUCAACAACAGUCCAAACAGCAUGUCGAACUAGAAGACCAAAAAUCAUCUCUACUAAAACAUAACGAUAAAGGCGAUAAACAUGAUAAUGUUGCUGAUGAUGUUGACGAUGACGAGAACAAUGACGAUUUUGAAAAUGAUGCUGUUGUUGAGCAAAAUGGAGAAGAAGUUGCAAAACGUAGCCAACAAGAGCCAGAAGAACAAUGGUGGAAUUUAGCAGACUAUAAUUGUAAUGAGAAUUUUGAAUGUGACAUAAUGGAUGGUUUAAUGCCGUAUACAUCAUAUAAGUUUCGUUUCGAGUUACCAUUUGGCGACAAUUUAUAUGAUGUCCUGUACUCAUCAGCUUCUGAAAUCUAUACCACACCCGCCCUAGGUCGGCCCAUAUCAAAGCCGAUUAUUACACAGACAUUAGCUUUAGAUGAAACACAUAUUGUUGUCUUUUGGCAGCCGGGAAAAUUUACAAAUGGUCCUUUAACCAACUAUAAGGUGAUGUUAAAGGCCACCGAGAGCAAUGAACAAUUUGAAAAUAAGCAUAAACAACUAUUACCUCCCACGGCAAGCUAUCACAUCUUCUCCAAACUUUUACCUUUUACCUCAUACACUCUCCAUUUAAGUAUGAUUAAUGCUGAAGGUGAGGGUCCCUGGUCGGAGGUUAAUGUUACCACAAAAGCUUUAAAAGCUCCUCAAAUAAAAUUGGAUGAUUUAAAUACUUUACUCAUAGCGGGAGAAUAUAGUAUAGUGAUGAAAUCGUUGGAUCCUUUGGUAGAAAGUAGGGUCUUGUAUAAAAGUGAGGAGAUUCUAACCGAUUUUGAUGUUCAUCAAUAUACCAAACGUUUAUUUGUUAUAAAUAAAAAGGGAGUGGUUGUAAGUUUGUUUAUAGAUGAUUCAGCCAAUUAUACGUUAUUGAAUUUACUGGAAGAAGAAUCAGGUUUUGUACCCUCUAAGCUGGCAGUGGAUUGGUUAAAUCAAAAGCUUUAUGUGGCAGGAGGGACUUCUAUUGCUAAUAGUUGGAUAUUGAAACGUUUAGAUUUUAAUGGUUCCAAUGUUGAAUUGCUGGUGCCCUCUUUAAAGCCUUUAAAGCAUUUACAUAUAGAUCCCUUAAAUGGCUGGAUAUUUGCCUCAACUGAAAGCUUUCAAUUAAGCCGCAUUAAUCUUAAAACAUUUAAGGUUUCUCAAUAUAUAUUACCCUUUGAACUAGAGCACUUUUCCAAUCAAUAUCAUUCAUAUCUAUUAAAUGCUUAUAAUGCCAAAGAACGUUCUAUAUAUGAGCUUUCUUAUGAUAGUAAAUUCAAGGAGCAGAAGUCAUGGAAUGUUAGUUCAAAUUUCCAAGGAGAUAUUUUGUGGUUUGACACUUUCGAAAAUUGGCUUAUCAUGACCAAUGGUUCGCAUUUAUUGAGACAGCAUAUGGAGGGUCAACAAGAAGUGGAUAUAUUGGGUUUUAAGGAGAUAGAAUGGUGUUGGAAGUUAAUGCCUUUGAUGUCAACGAGUCUAAAGAACUAUAUACAGCCCUUACCCAAACCCUUAAAAGAACCGGAAAACGUACAGGCUGUGUUAUCACCCAACAAGGCUAAAAUUUCCUGGCUGUCUCCUCAGCGAUUGAAAAAAUUUCAAUCAAAGGCCUCUUGGCAAAAUUGGGAAUAUGAAUUGGAUAUAUUGGAUGUCUCGAGUAAUAAUGCUUUCAAUAUACGCAGUAUUAAGUCCACCCAUUUCCAGGUGGAACGUUUACAAGCCAAUAAUUUAUACAAAAUCAAAGUGAGAGCUUUAUUAAAUGCCCCCAAUCGACAAGGUUUGAGUGCUACAACCAGUGAAUGGUCGCAGGAGUUAUUGACCCGCACCUGGCCUAUGGGUGAUCAUCAUUUUUUAUGGGCUAGUGAUAGAGGUCUAUGGCAGACUGAAGUGUUAUUACAACCAGCCGAGCUUAAAGCUUUGGCUUAUAAAAAUAUCGAAAGUUUUAAACAAAUCAAUAGUUCGGUGUAUUAUAUAGAUAAAACGAGCCAUCAGUUGGGCUGUUUUAAUCUCAUGAAUACGGAGAUAUCUUGUGGUUUUCAACAACCCAAUGUCUAUAGUGUGGACUAUGAUUGGCGUGCGGAAAAGUUGUACUGGUCUGAUGUCAGCAAGAAUUGUAUAGUAAGAUCGAAUUUAAACGGUGAAUACAAAGAACUUUUACCUAUUUUUGGAGCUCGACUUAUCAAAUUGGAUGUGGCGAAGGGCUAUAUAUAUUACACGACCGAUACACGUUUGCUAAGACGAAAACUUAAUGGCUUAAUGGUGUCACAAGAAAUGGAAUAUUAUCAUAACAAUGGUAAUGGUGAGUCUAUACAAGGAUUUGCCUUGGAUUUUGUGCAACAAAAGAUUUAUUGGUGGGUUCAACAUCAGGAGGGUAAAACGAGGCUGUUUUCAUCUUCUUUGGAUUUUGUUAAAUCUGAUGAUUUAUUUGAUCUGCCGGAAAAUUAUAAAAUUUUGCAAGAUUCUUUUAAUUUUCUUCAAGAAAUCGAUUGUUUUAUUUGGUUAAAGGCAAUGGAAAGAGAAGUGGUGGUAAUGGUGGGCGGCCAGGAUUAUUUCACGCAACCUAUGACUCUAGCUAUUCCCCUAAAGCAUAAAGCUAAUUUUGUGACCUUAAGACAAGAUUUCAGCAAUGUGCAUGAUCCAAACAUUAUACCCGAAGCCAUAGAUCGUGAUAGUGUUUAUAUAACCGAAGGCUAUUGGGAUGAUUUCAACAUCAAAUGGUCUGCGGUGAAUACUAAUGACAAUAUUACAAUUUUCUACAAAGUUCUAAUUUCGACUUGGCCUUUGGAACCGCAAUUUAUACUAACAUUUGAAGUGGCCCAAACUGUGGUGCGUAUAACGGAAUUUAAAAUGGCUGGUUUGGCAAUAAAUGUCACCAUUACUCCCGUUUCCUUGUGGGCUCAAGGUCCUGCUACUACUGUUCUACUUAAAACUCCCUCUGCAGCUCCUAAGCAACCGAAAAACUUGAGAGUUUUUGUAGAGCAGAUCAUGGAACCUUUGCAGAAACAGAGUAACAUUACCGCUUUGGUACGAUGGGAUUCACCCGAUAAUAUUUCCUCGGAAAAAGAGGUAUUCUAUAAAGUCUAUUGCUAUCUCAAAGAGGAUCUACACAGUGUCAAGGAUAUUGAGGAUAUGGGUUUGAAAAGUCAUGAGGUUAGAUUUUAUAAUUUACUUAAAGAGGAAUCCUAUAUGUUCCAGGUUCAAGCUUUUUCCCUAACACGUUCUAAGGGUGGUGAGAAAACAUCCCUGCUUACUCACUUUAUAAAUCCUGAUUCUCAAGCCAUUCCAAAAUUAUUAUUUACAACUUCCGAGUAUAUAGCAGAAUUAGAUUUGGAUUUGAAUGUAACGAAAAAAUGGGUUUAUACCUCUAGCGAGGUAGAACAUUUAUCUAUGAUUAGCGGAGAACAACGAUUGAUAUGGGUCAAUGAAAAUGUAGAGUUAAUGACCUAUCAGCCGGGUGCGGCUUCAUUGAAAUUGGCACGCAUGAGAGCUGAAGUUUUGGGCUUAACAGUGGACUGGAUAUUGCGCAAGGUCUACUGGGCGGAGCUGUCGGGAGAAAAGGAGAAUUUGGUGGGUAUUUAUGAACUGGAUUUGAAUCAAUAUGAGGGCAAAGUAAUGCUCGGUUCGAAAAUCUUCUCCUUAAGUCCGGGAAAACUUUUAAAGAACCUUAUAGUCUUACCCUAUUCCCGUUCUUUGUUGUGGUUGGAAUAUGAGCUGGACAAUAGAAACAACUGUACACUACAAGGUAGAAAUCUAUCUGAUUUUUCUCAGCUUAAAUUCAAAAAUCAUUUCUUCUACCAUCAAAUGUUUGAGGGUUCCCUAAUGCCGGAUAUAGAAUCGGUAAAUCUGAUCGAUUCUAAGGGAAAACUUUAUGCUUAUGAAUUGCAAAGACAUCUUAGCACCUCUUUAAAGAUACCGCUAGAGGAAAUUGAGAUUAAUGCCAACUUUCAAAGAGAUUCAGGUUAUUUUUACUCUCUCUACAAUCAUACACUCAAGGCCUUUAAUAGACGUAAACAUAAUUUGGAAUUUACACAAGCACUCAAGGAAAUAAAACUUAUUAAAGCUUUCAACUAUCAAGAAUAUCCCAAAAGAGAAUGUUUAAUAAUGGAGUAUAAUGCGUUGAAUGGAGAGUUUAGUUCCCUAGAGCAAUUGUUUGUACAAGAAGUCUCGGAGGAGUUUAUGGUUUUACAGCUCAUGAAAAAGAAUCCCUUUGAGAACUGUAAACUACCCAUACCGGGUUUAAGUUAUCAUAUUCUGCUUAAUGGGCCCCAAGACUUUGUAAAAGAAUACCAACUGAAACCGGGUCCUCUCAACAUAACCGAACUAAGGCCUUUUACCAACUACACCCUGAGAAUAAACGCCUCUUCUUACUAUCAACAAAAGUUUUUGAUUGAGGAAAUGCAAUAUCCUGAAUUCGUUAUCAGAACCCAAGAAGGUAAUCCCUGGCAACCAAUGAAUUUUACAGCUUCACCCUUAAGUCCCUCCGAAAUAGCGGUGGCUUGGUUAGAACCCCAACAACUUAAUGCUGAUUCGGUAGCUUAUCAACUCUACUGGCAGGCUUUAAAUUCAUCCUUGACCUCACACAAAAGAGUGGAUGAUUUUGAAAUGAUUUUAAUGAACUUGGAACCUGCUCAGGAGUAUCAUAUAUGGCUGGAAGUCUAUUCGAAACCUUCUAAAUUUAACACCACCGAAAAAUUACUUGUGAAAACCUUUCCCGAACCAGAACCUUUGCAGUUAAUAGAAAAAGAAGCCUAUAAUUUAACCCUACAAUGGCAAGCUAAUACGGACUAUGAUUCGGUAAUUUUGGAAUGUACUCCUCUAACACAAGAUCCCGAAGAUUUUCCCUUUAGCAUCGACAUAACGGGUGUAACGGAUAACAUUACUGUUACAAAUCUGGAACCUAAAACAAAAUAUGAAUUUUAUCUCAAACUUCAAUUUGCCUCAGUGGAAAGGAUAUACAUAUGGCCUGAAGUGCCCAGUUCCCAUUAUAUCUACGAGACUUUGGGCGAUGCUCCCGGCAGACCAGGACAACCUCAAAUAGAGCAUAUAACUGGAGAAAUAUUCAAAGUAUUUUGGGAUCCAGCCAAAAAUAAUGGAGCCACCAUAACAGAAUACAAUCUCGAGGCAUUACAGGCUAGACAACAUAAAAGAAUAAGACGCAAUAUUGUAAUACCAACAGCCAAUGCCUCUAACACUUCAUCAAUAACCCGUUUAGCUCAAAUGCCUUGGGUAGAGGAAUUACAACCUCUGGAAGAUAAAUGGCUGUCGUAUUGCAAUACCACCGAACUAAGUUGCAUAGUACGUGAGUUGCACACUAUGCGUUUCUUAAUGUUUCGUGUGCGUGCGCGUAAUGAACCCUAUGGCUGGGGGCCUUACAGUGAGGAUAGUGAACGUGUAUUGGAACCAUUUGUCUCACCACAAAAACGUAACUCAUUAGUGUUGGCCAUUAUAGCGCCGGCAGCCAUAGUAACCACCUGUGUUAUCAUACUAAUUGUCAUACGUAAAGUACAAAAACGUCGCCUGAAAGCCAAACAAUUAUUGGCUAAAAGUCGUCCUAGUAUUUGGAGUAAUUUGUCUACAAUGCAACAACAAUUGGCAGCACGUAAUAGAGCAUUUUCUAUGACCAGCGCUUCGACCAUGUAUACAGGUGGUCCUUUGAGUGAUGCUGAUAUUGCUCUAUUGCCUCAUAUUAAUUGGAGUCAAAUUACUUUGUUGAAUUUUUUGGGCAGUGGAGCAUUUGGUGAAGUAUACGAGGGUAUGCUGAAGCAUGAGGAUGAAGAGGAAAUGGAAAAGGUGGCCAUAAAGGUAAGAGAGAAUUCUGUUCUAGUUCUGUUCUAG